CGAGAAAGAGCACCCGUCCCCCCCACACACACACAGUUAAAGGGGACUGAAUCCACCUCUUCUUCAAAUAUAAAAUCUAUUUCCACUUCUUGUUCCAAACUGAAAAGAGAUAUUCUUCUCACUGCUUUCACCAAAUGAGAGAAAUGCUUUCACUUAUCUUUCAAGCUAGCAAUUAGACCUGUCUCCUCCCUUAACUGAAAGUGGCCCAGCUAACCAGAUUAUCCGAAUUGAUUUAUACCCAACCUGCCCUAAAAAUCCCUACAAAGACCGGCUGCAGCCUCGCCGGUAUCAAAUCUAAAGUCCCCCGCCCUCUGCUCUGAGGCGGAGCGGGAGCUAGGGUUUUCCCGCCCUCCUAGCAGUGGAACUAACGGGAUCACCAGGUCUCUGAGUGGCUGGCCCAAGCACCGCCUCUGGCGGUGGUUAACCCGGAGCGCGCGCUCUCCGCUCAUUCUUGGCUCCACCCCCUUCCUUAGCCCUACCUCUGUCUGGCUCCGCCCCUCGAGCGGCGGGCGUCCGGCCCGGCCCUAACAGCAAAGUUAGUCCAGUUGAAGUUGCAGCAUUGCAGGGACACAGAGGCGUCCGUCCAGUGGCAGCCGGAGGCAGAGCCAUGGCGGGCGAGGAAGAGCGCGGGGAUGGGGACCCAGUAUCAGUGGUGACUGUGAGAGUGCAGUACCUGGAAGACACCGACCCUUUCGCUUGUGCCAACUUCCCGGAACCACGCCGGGCCCCCACCUGCAGCUUGGACGGGGCUCUGCCCCUGAGUGCGCAGAUCCCUGCUCUGCACCGACUCCUGGGAGCGCCUCUCAAGCUGGAGGACUGUGCGUUGCAAGUGUCGCCCUCUGGAUACUACCUGGACCCGGAGCUGUCCCUAGAAGAACAGCGGGAGAUGCUGGAGGGCUUCUAUGAAGAGAUCAGCAAAGGGCGGAAGCCCACAUUGAUCCUGCGGACCCAGCUCUCUGUGAGGGUCAAUGCUAUCUUGGAAAAGCUGUAUGGCUCCAGUGGCCCCGAGCUCCGCCGAUCCCUCUUUUCAUUAAAGCAGAUAUUCCAGGAAGACAAGGACCUGGUGCCUGAAUUUGUACACUCAGAGGGGUUGAGUUGCCUGAUCCGCGUGGGUGCUGCUGCUGACCACAACUAUCAGAGCUACAUCCUUCGAGCCCUGGGCCAGCUGAUGCUUUUUGUGGAUGGGAUGCUAGGGGUGGUGGCGCACAGUGAGACCGUGCAAUGGCUGUAUACACUGUGUGCAAGCCUGUCCCGCUUGGUGGUAAAGACAGCCCUGAAGCUGCUGCUGGUGUUUGUGGAGUAUUCUGAGAACAAUGCACCGCUCUUCAUCCAGGCAGUCAACGCUGUAGCCAGCAACACCGGUACUCUUCCCUGGGCCAACUUGGUGUCCAUCCUGGAGGAGAAGAAUGGAGUUGAUCCAGAGCUGUUGGUGUACACGGUCACUCUCAUUAACAAGACACUGGCGGCGCUCCCAGACCAGGACUCCUUCUAUGAUGUGACAGAUGCUUUUGAGCAGCAGGGCAUGGAAGCGCUGGUCCAACGUCUCUUGGGCACUGCUGGCACUGAUGUUGACCUGCGAACACAGCUAACGCUCUAUGAGAGCGCCCUUCGGUUAGAGGAUGGAGAUAUGGAAGAGGCUGCAGCUGCUGCAGCUGCAGGUGGCCGACGAGAGCGACGGAAGCCAUCCUCAGAGGAGGGCAAAAGGAGCCGAAGAUCACUAGAAGGUGGAGGCUGUCCUGUGCGUACCCCAGAACCUGGCCCAACAGGCUCUGCCUCUCCAGUAGGCUCCGCCUCCUUCACUGACUCCACCUCGCCUACAAGUUCGGCCUUCAGCCCUACUGGCCCAGCCUCUGGUCUUCAUACCUCAGUGAACCUCUUUCCUACCAUUUCUGUGGGGCCCUCAGUGGACACUUCCUGUGAGAGAAGUGUCUACAAACUUCACCAAACUGCUCCCAUUUGCUCCCCUGAGAGUCUACCUGUCCCCCAGUCCCUUACUGGGCAGGCCAGGCUAGAAGCCCGGUUUCUGGAGAAUGUGGCAGCAGCAGAGACAGAGAAGCAGGCUGCUCUGGCCCAAGGCCGAGCAGAGACGCUGGCAGGGGCAACAGUGGAUGAGACAGAUGAGUCAUCAGGCACCAGGGAACUGUGGGACUCUUCAGAGCCAGCCUCUGCACCCAGACCACCUCAGAGCCCUGUUUCCCCAAUCGUGCUGCGGACCCAGAGAAGUCUUGAGCCUGAGCCCAAGGAGCCAGUGUCACCACGAAGCCCUAAGACUGAGCCUGUCCAGGAGCUUCCUACUCACGUACCCAAGCUCUGCAUUGGAGACUUGGACUUCUCAGAUCUAGGGGAGGAUGAAGACCAGGACACAUUGAAUGUGGAAUCUGUGGAGGCUGGAAAAGCAUCCCUGGUCCUGUCACUUCCACCGUCUUCAUUCUCUGGGGGUCCCCCUCCUCCCCCCCCACCUCCCCCACCCAUCAUAGUCUCCUGUCCACCACCUCCACCCCCACCUCCCCCACCCAUCAUGGGCUCCUGCCUACCACCUCCACCCCUGGCUGCUCCUUUUCCCCACUCAGCCCUUGACGGCCCAAGGCACCCCACCAAAAGGAAGACUGUAAAACUUUUCUGGCGGGAACUAAAGCCGACUGGGAGCCCUGGGUGUUCUAGAAGCCGCUUUGGGCCUUGUCCUACCUUGUGGGCCUCUCUGGAACCUGUCUCGGUGGACACAGCCCGGCUGGAACACCUAUUUGAGUCCCGAGCCAAGGAUGUGCUACCCACCAAGAAAGCUGGUGAGGGCCGCCGGACAAUGACCAUAGUUCUGGACCCCAAGCGCAGCAAUGCCAUCAACAUUGGCCUAACCACUCUGCCACCUGUGCAUGUCAUCAAGGCUGCUCUGCUCAACUUUGAUGAAUUUGCUGUCAGCAAGGAUGGUAUUGAGAAACUGCUGACCAUGAUGCCCACGGAGGAAGAGCGACAGAAGAUUGAGGAAGCCCAGCUGGCCAACCCUGAUGUGCCCCUCGGCCCAGCUGAGAAUUUCCUGAUGACUCUUGCUUCCAUUGGAGGCCUGGCCGCGCGCCUGCAACUCUGGGCUUUCAAGCUGGACUAUGAAAGCAUGGAGCGGGAAAUUGCAGAGCCACUGUUUGAUCUGAAAGUGGGCAUGGAACAGUUGGUGCACAAUGCCACCUUCCGUUGCAUUCUGGCUACCCUUUUGGCUGUGGGCAACUUCCUCAAUGGCUCCCAGAGCAGUGGCUUUGAGCUGAGCUACCUGGAGAAGGUGUCAGAAGUAAAGGACACAGUGCGCCGGCAGUCACUGCUGUAUCAUCUCUGUUCCCUGGUGCUCCAGACCCGACCUGAUUCCUCUGACCUCUACUCAGAAAUUCCUGCCCUCACCCGCUGUGCCAAGGUGGACUUUGAGCAGCUGACUGAGAACCUAGGGCAGCUGGAGUGCCGGAGCCAGGCUGCUGAGGACAGCCUCCGGAGCUUGGCAAAGCAUGAGCUAUCCCCAGCUCUGCGUGCCCGCCUUACCCACUUCCUGGCCCAAUGUACCCGCCGAGUAGCCAUGCUAAGAGUAGUACACCGUCGAGUCUGCAACAGGUUCCACGCCUUCCUUCUCUACUUGGGCUACACCGCACAGGCAGCAAGGGAAGUACGCAUCAUGCAGUUCUGUCACACGCUCAGAGAGUUUGCACUUGAGUAUCGGACUUGUCGGGAGCGGGUACUGCAGCAGCAGCAGAAACGGGCUACAUACCGCGAACGCAACAAGACCCGGGGUCGCAUGAUUACUGAGACAGAGAAGUUCUCGGGUGUGGCUGGGGAGGUCCCCAGUAACCUGUCUGUCCCAGUGGCUGUGGGCAGCGGGCCAGGUCGGGGUGAUGCUGACAAUCAUGCCAGUAUGAAGAGUUUGCUUACCAGCAGGCCAGAAGACGCCACACACAGCCGACGUAGCAGAGGUAUGGUCCAGAGUAGUUCCCCCGUCACACACACAACAGUAGGGCCCUUCACUGCAUCCCCUGAGGAGACUGCAGCCUCUGGUUUACCUAGUGACACAUCAGAUGAGAUAAUGGACCUGCUGGUGCAGUCAGUCACCAAGAGCAGUCCUAGAGCCUUGGCUGCUCGGGAGAGGAAGCGCUCUCGUGGCAACCGGAAGUCCUUGAGGCGGACAUUGAAGAGUGGACUUGGAGAUGACCUGGUGCAGGCACUGGGACUAAGCAAAGCUCCUGGCCUAGAGGUGUAAGGGUGCUGCCACACCUGGAGCUGAGCAGAGAGGGCGCAGAGCACAAACCUGGUUUCAGAAGCUUGCACCCAGAAACCAGCAUUGUGAACAGUAUUAGGGGUGUGUGUGUGUGUGUGUGUGUGUGUGUGUGUGUGUGUGUGUGUGUACACAUACAUGUAUUUCGCAUAUGUGAGUUCCCUAUUCGGAACAAAAUAAAGUUUACCUAGCUAAUCCAAAA